AUGGCUGAUGGUCCCAACUCUCAGGACCCUGUGGCUCCUGGUCCAAAUAACUCCCUUGUAAAUCUCAACAAAGCACCAGGGCCUGAAUCUCAAGAAUCUGUGUCUUCAAGUGAUCAUUCCCUGCCUGUUUCACUUGUAAAAGCACAAAAUGAGGAAAAUCAGUAUCACAAUUGGAGUUAUGCAUACCAUGAGGACCUACAAAACCUUCUCAGUCUGAUUGCACAGAAAUCAGAAUUACCAGUCAGUGAUGCUCACAACAAGGAAUCUGCAGAGGAAGACCUUUCAGAAAUUUUAGACUUUUCAGAGGAAGAAAUUUCAGCUAUUUUAGAUAAAGGGCUUCUUGAGCUACUUGAUUACUCUUCCAUAUAG